AUGCUGACCGGCACAAUUCCACAGGUCGAGUCGGCGGUCGCGGACGUGGCGCCUACUACAAGGCGCGAUACGGAGGCGGCCACCUUUUUGAGGCGACAAGUCAAACCUCUGCGAACCAGUCCUCUGCCUCUGGAGCUCUCUCGAACCCGAACCAUGGCGGCUAGGGUCAGUUGCAGAGAGAUCUCAGAAGCAUCGAUGGGCAGCAGUACGUCGGACCGUCACUUGUGCAUAUCCGUGCGACUUCUACUAAAUCGAGAAACAGGCGCUUACAAACGACUCACUUGCAACUAUGAGCAUACUUUCCCUACCUUCACUCUCUCAGUAGAUCACGUCCAAGCCGAUGCCUAUGCUUCACCUUCUAAGGUCCGGCCUAUCAUGCCUUGGCGCGACACAGGACUCCCCGGCGAGUACCUCCUUACAGACAUUAGACGGAUCGCACUUUGCGACUUCGUGACUAGAGUCUGUGCCGACCUUAUUCGAGUCAAGCAUCUCGACCAGAACGCGGCAAGUUCUGAUGGUGGAGGUGGAUGGAGUGGACCAAAGGGUGGUGCGUUCAAUAUCAACGCACCGAGUCAAGAAGUCCUACCACGUACAAGCACAAUGAUCGACAGAGACCAGACGAUCGAGCUUCGCUUUACGACCUCGCUACCAGCUGCCGGACGGACCAUCCUAGGCCAGCAAGCUCACCAAAUCCUGGCUGUGAACUUGGUCGAGUUGGUGAAGCAGUCUUUGCUGUACGCAAACCUUCACCAAGACCAGCUGCAACAGCACCUGCAGACGGUCGAGAACCAACAUAGCCUGCGCGAGCAACUUCGCCAAAACGGUCUCAUCUUGUUUGUCGCCAAUGGCUCAAUAUUGCCAAGAGCAUCAGGCGCAUCAGCCGGGCCUAUGAGCCGUACUACUGCGGUACGGUUCCAGUCUCCCAAAGAUCUCGAGAUCACGUUGCCACUGGCGGACGGCACGAGUGUCUUAGGUAUGGGCUCCACUCUAUUGGAGGCCAUGCAGCUGGGCAUAUACAAUCAUAUCCCCGGCGACGGAAGAGAGCUCGUAGUGACGGAUCCCACCGCGGUGAAGAUCCGCGCAGAGGACGGACGCAGCGUCUCAUCCACCGACAUCAGCCCAUUCAUCUCGGGAUUGCCUGGCGGAAAAGACACGAAGCGUUUCUCUACGGAUGAUGCGAGUGGAUCUACAUCAAUGGCGGCAAACAUCCAAGAAGCUCUCGAAGUUGGCUGCAAGACACUGCUCAUCGAUGAAGACUCCUCGGCCACGAAUCUGCUCGUCCGGGACCAGCGUAUGCAGUCACUAAUCCGCAACGAGCCGAUCACACCGCUGAUGGCCAAAGCAAGGGCGCUAUAUGCCGAGCAUGGUGUCAGCACUGUCAUCGUCAUCUGCGGCCUUGGCGAUUGGCUGUCCGUAGCCGAUCAUGUCAUCGCUAUGGACAGUUACGUUCCACGACUCAUUACCGCGGAAGCCAAAGCCAUCGUCAACACUCGUAGCUUCCAAGUCGACCUCAGCGGCAUACGCUCCCCUUAUGCGGUGAGGAAGAACUUCGUCGCUAUGAAGCCGCAAGACAGGAAUCCCGUCGAUGAUCCGUCGCAAGGAGAGGCCGGAAUAUACUUGAGCGGCCUCGAUCAGAUUGUGGAGAUAGGACAAUCACGCACGGUCGCUUCACUCGUGCAGCUGGUUGCGAACCGGACGUCUAGCAAAGCUUUACCGUUGACCACCCUUCUCGAGGGCUUACAGGAAGCUGUCGAUAUCGAUCACUGUUUGCCGUUGACGCUGGGAGACGGUGAACUCGUCGGGGUCCGCGUUGCUGAGAUAGCUGCUGCGCUUUCCCGUAUGCGCGGCGUUCUAAUUACGAAGUGA